AUGCCAAACCCUUCGCAACUCCUGCUUCUUGCCGACCAUAUCAAGUUAUCGCUACUCGAACGGCAACGGGCCAUCUCGCUCGACCUAGAACCCAACAGUCAAGAUGGCGAGAUCUCACGCUCCCUCGACUCCUUGAAAGAGGGCAUCGACGCCGUGGAAUCCGACUGCGCACGGCUAGAAGAAGCCAACGAUGAAAGCGCCACCGACAUGAGAGACCAACUCGACCACCUAUACUCCCAGUAUCGAGAACUGACAUCCCAAUUCCGCGGCUCGGAUGCUGCUGCAGCGGACGAUCCCGUCGAGUUCACCAACAUCAAGAAGUCAUCACCGGACCUGAAACAGCCCGUCCCGCAACAUCCUUCCUCCAAAUCAGUCCGGUUUAUGGAUAACGCCGCCGAAGAGGACGAUCUCAAUCGCCGGAAUCUCUUCCAGCCAUACCGCGACUCGCCCUCCCCACAGGGCGUGGACACAUCCGAAAUGUCCAACCAGCAGGUCUACGAUCAUCAUGAGCAGAUCAUGCGCGACCAAGACGAGCAGCUAGACCGACUAGGCGAAUCCAUCGGACGACAACAUCAACUCAGUAUCCAGAUUGGUGAUGAACUUGAGGGCCAUGUUGCGUUGCUCGAUGACAUGGAUGGCCAUGUGGAACGGCAUCAGGGUCGGUUAGACAAGGCCAAACGCCGGCUGGAUAAAUUUCGGCGAAGUGCGAGCGAGAAUUGGAGCAUGAUGACAAUCAUCGGGUUGAUCAUCGUCCUCGUCAUACUGAUCGUCCUUCUCAAGUGA